AUGGCGCCCGCAGCUGGAGCAAAGAAGCAAAAGAAGAAGUGGUCCAAGGGCAAGGUCAAGGACAAGGCCCAGCACGCCGUCCUGCUCGACAAGACCAUCUCCGAGAAGCUGUACAAGGAUGUCCAGUCCUACCGCCUCGUCACCGUUGCCGUCCUGGUCGACCGAAUGAAGAUCAACGGCUCCCUCGCCCGCCAGUGCAUCCGCGACCUCGAGGAGAAGGGCAUGAUUAAGCCGGUCGUCACUCAUAGCAAGAUGAAGAUCUACAGUACGACUCACCAACAGUUCCCCCCCUUUGUGCGCGCCUUGGAAGAUGACAAGAGACACUGA